AUGAAGAAGGGCGGUUCUUAUCGAGAUGAGCACCACAGACGACGGUCUCGACAGAGUUUCCGCAGUCAGGAGCUGUUGGCUUCACUCACGUUGUCAGCCGAAGCCAUCACGCUUAAUUCCGAGUCUGGCGAUGCAGAGGAAGCGGCAGCUCGAGCUUCACGACGCAGUACAAGAAACCUCGCGAGCGUCACAAAUACAAAGAUUAUGACGAUGAAGAAGCUUAAACUUAGGCGUAAAUAUCGAUUAGGUGUGCACGGCUCACUUCGAGAAGAAGAUGAUGAUGACGAGCUGGAUAGUCCAGCUAUAAAAUCUAGACAUAAAUCGUUGAUGCCUCUGCUACCAGCUAUUCUACCAGGACUGAUACCGUCUCCCACUCCAAAGAGUGUCACUAAGGGAGAUGAGAAACAUGCAGUUGGGAAGUUCGAAACUCACGAUACCAAGUGGAGAGCCACAGUCGAUGGACAAGUCGAGAAGUUUAUGUACCCAAGUCUACGACUUGAAACUUUAUACUUGGAGAAACCGAUUCCGGAUUCUGAAGAUGAUAAGCCAAUGCCAUCUCCGAAGACAAUUGACGAGGUGUUGACUAGCACUUCAAAAGUGAGUUGGGAACUGGAGCUUUGA